AUGAAUAUAAACACUUUAAUAUUCAUUUCACUUUCGAUGUUACGAAAAGCAAUAUUAAUAGAGAAUAAAGGCGCGAUUUGUGACCUUAUAUCUAUGGCACCGGAGAAGCACUGUUUUGUGAAACAGACGUUAGCAUCCCUCGCCCACAGUCCGAACCAAUUAGCCGUCGACAAAGUAACUAACUCGCUGUAUUUUAGCUUUGACUCGGGUCGGGCUGAAUACUUACCCGCUUCACUCAAAAUUGAAACCAGAAAGCUAACAAUUCUCCAUGGCAUUAAGGAUGCUUUUGCCAUUGCAAGUGAUGAAGCCAACAGUGAAAUAUACUUUGGAGGUAUUCACGGCAUCUACAGGUAUAAUACAAUGACGAAAACCCUGAGGCGACUAGUCGUUAAGAACCUCGACAUUUGGUGGUUGAUUUUGAAAAAGCAUUUAUACUUCGUCAGGUUUCCAAGUUUGAAAGCAUAUUGUUACAAGAAUAGAUCUGUUGAGCCAGUGAGACAGCUUCAGAACUACACAGUAAAUCAGUUCGUAUUUGACGGGGACAACAACAUAUUCUUCAUUAACGGAUCCGGUUUAUUUGGAAUUAAAAAAGAUAAGUCAGAAGCUGUUCUUUUGAAAGACAAUCCUAAGUUCUUAUGCAUGGCUUCAGAUAAUCUGGGGCAUGUUCAUUUGUGUGCUGAAGACGGUAUUUAUAUAAUUAGUAAGAUUGUAUUGAAGGUGAAAAAAGUUGUGAAUGUACAAGGUGUGUUGGGCAUGACGUUCGAUUCGGAAAAUAAUCUAAUUUACUCGGAUUCUCAUGAAAUGGUUCGCCUGUUGCCCAUUCCUACAUAUUAA